UCCUUUUACUGAUGACAGACUGGUAGGGAUUGGUUUAGGGCUUUCUUAAAACGAAACCCUACAAUAUAAGUAAGAACACCAACACAACUUUCAAAAGAACGUGCUAUGGUAUCACAACAAAAAAUUGCUGAUUGGUUUGAUACCUUCACAACCUACAUCGGUGACAAAACUGAUUCAGACAUCUUACAUGACCCAUCAAGGCUGUAUACGGCUGAUGAGUCGGGUUUCCCCAUGAAUCCAAAGAGUGGUAGGGUUCUGGCCGAACGAGGAUCCCAGACAGUUUAUAACUUCUCGGCCUCAGACAAGAGCCAGAUAACAGUUCUUGCUUGUGCAAGUGCUUCAGGUGACUACACUCCCCCCAUGAUCGUCUUUCCCGGCAGCAGGUUCAAAUACAACCCCCUAGAUGGUUUUGAGGAGGCGGUUCUAGGGCGAACCGAGAAUGGCUGGAUGAACGCAGAACUAUUUGUUUCUUUGCUUAAAACUUGUUUCAUUCCUCAUGUCGAUAAACAGGCAAUCAAGAAACCAAUAAUUCUGUUUCUAGACGGUCAUUCAACGCACCUGACCCUUGAAGCGUGCACUGUUUGUGUGGAGAACAACAUCGUCCUGUACUGCCUCCCAUCACACGCAUCACAUGUUAUACAGCCAUUGGACCUGAGCUUGUUCAGUCCACUCAAACAUGCAUGGCGCCAAUCUGUCCGAGAUGUUCAGAUUUCAAACAUCGGGGAAUGUGUUAGGAAAUGUACCUUUGCCAGUGUAUUCAAAACUGCUUGGAUAAGGGCAGCUACAACAGAAAAUGCAAAGAGGGGUUUCCUCGAAUCGGGGCUGUUUCCGCUCAAUCCUGAUAAAGUUACCGAUAAUCAGAAAUUAAAACCCAGCACUAUCUUUGAACCAUGCAAACCAGUCCUACAGUCAACCCCAUCCACAGUCAGAACAUUCACAUUUGCACCCCCAGCAGACACCCCAUCCCAACCUUCCGCUACACUAACAUCACCAGAAUAUGCAUCCUCACCAGUCGUGCAAACAACUCUGCCAUCACCCCAUACAGACCCUCAUGCACCAGUACAAUCACAAACUACACAUAGCACAACACCCCAAACAGACACUUCACACCUAGCCUUACAUUCUACACCAGCCACAGCCCACACAUCUUCCAGUGACGCAUUUGACAAAUAUUUAGUUUUCCCUAAAGUACGGAGCCGUACCCAAAAGUAUAAACCUACAGUGUUGCCCAAAUCUGCCUCAGGAGAAGACAUCAGGGAACUUCUCCUUGAAAAGAAGAGAAAAGGAUAA